CAGAAAGACCGACCAUAAAGCGUUAGAAGGGAAGAUUAGAAUAGACAGGAUCAAAAUAGAAAGCAACAACCUGCUGAAAUAUCAAAUUCAAAGUGAAAUAACCCCUGAGCUGCUGAAAUUACAGCCAUGAACAACUUGUUCCCAGUGGAAAAGAGCCUGGACAUCACUCCAGAGACUCGUCCUUUAACUCAGACUGGCUCCAUUCAAGUCUAUCUCCAACUAGCUGAACCAAAUCUAUUCGUACAAGGGUUUGAACCACAUGAAUAUCAAGAAAGGCCUCCAACAAUAUUAAGAGGUUCUUUAGUACUCAGAGUUUUAAAAUCUUCCAAAAUAAGAAACAUUACUCUAACGUUUAAAGGGAUCUCCAAAACUGAAUGGCCUGAAGGUAUCCCUCCCAAAAGACAAGAUUAUGUUGAGGAAAAUGACCUGCUCAAUCAUACUUGGCCUUUCUAUAACCAUGCAAAUGAUCAUAAUCAAAGUGGUGCUGAUAUAGUGAAAAAUUCAACCACGGCAACAAACAAUUCAAAUGAUAGUAAUAAUAUAAAUAACACUACCACUGAUCCUUCUCAACAUUUUGUUUUCCAUCCUGGUGAUUAUAUUUAUAAUUUUGAACAUGCAAUCCCAGCAUCCACUCCAGAAUCAAUAGAUGCAACUUUUGGUUCAGUUUCAUACAGUUUAAACGUCAUGAUUGAAAGAAUAGGUGCUUUUAAGUCAAAUAUUGCAACAACUUUACCGGUAAGGAUCAUUAGAGCCCAAUCUGAAGAAUCAGUCGAGGAUUCAGAACCAAUUGCUAUAAGUAGAGAUUGGGAAGAUCAAUUACAUUAUGAUAUUGUCAUUGCUACAAAGGCAAUCAUUUUGAAUGCUUAUAUACCAGUGGCUUUUAAAUUGGUACCUUUGGAUAAGAUUAAAUUGCAUAGAAUAAGAAUUUACCUAACUGAAAAUUUGGAAUAUUAUUGUCGGAAUAAAAAAGUUCAUAGAAUGGAACCUGUUAAAAAAUAUUUAUUACUGGAACAUAAGGCUCCACCUCCACCUGAUUUACCUCCUGAUGCUGAUGCAAAAGCCAAGAAAAUGGGCAAUUUAUUAACUUCUGAUGGUUAUGAUGUUACUGCUAAAGAAUUUGAAUUUCAAGUUUAUGUUCCUCAAAAAUUAAAUAAUCGUCAAAAUUUACAUCCAAAUACUUCUUAUGCAAAUAUAAAAGCUCAUCAUUGGAUCAAAAUUUGUCUAAGAUUAUCAAGAUUGAUUGAUGGGAAACCAAAACAUUAUGAAAUUAGUAUUGAUUCUCCAAUUCAUGUUUUACAUCCUUUAUGUUCUCAUGCAAACACGUUAUUACCUGCUUAUGCUUCAACUUUAGGAAACCGUUCAUUACCAAAUUUUGAAUCAACAUUAUCUGCAAAUGUUUAUAAACCUGAGAAUUUAGAUAUUGAAUUAACUUCUCCUCAAGCUCAACCUGUUUCUCCAAGUUUUUCCCCAUCAACAAGACCAAUUCAUUUGAUUAGAAGACCAAGUUUUGAACCACCUCCAUUCGAUGCAGAUAUUAGUCCUCCACCAAUGAGAGAUUUA